AUUCAAAUUUGAAUGCUCGAGGAGAACCAACGGCGGAGCGCGAGGGAGGAGUUGCUAGCGCAUUUAAUCAAGUUUAUGUGAACGGUACGGCAGUGAAAAAACACUGCGAGGAAGUUAGUGAGUGCACUCUACGACAAAGUUUACAGGCUCAUAGAGGGAGUUGCUGCCAUGGGUAAAGAUCCGAACAAGCCACGGGGGAAGACGUCCUCCUACGCCUUCUUCGUGCAGACAUGCAGGGAGGAGCAUAAGAAGAAGCACCCGGGCACGUCCGUCAACUUCGCCGAGUUCUCCAAGAAGUGCUCGGAGCGAUGGAGGACCAUGUCUGCGAAGGAGAAGACCAAAUUCGAGGACAUGGCGAAGAGCGACAAGGCUCGUUAUGAGCGGGAGAUGAAGAACUACAUUCCUCCUAAAGGAGCCAAGGGAGGCAAGAGAAAGAAGGAUCCGAACGCCCCCAAGCGUCCACCGUCGGCCUUCUUCGUCUUUUGCUCUGAGCACCGUCCAAAGGUGAAGAGUGACCACCCAGGUAUCUCCAUCGGGGACGUGGCCAAGAAGUUGGGUGAGAUGUGGGCCAAGCAGACGUCCAAGGACAAGGCCCCCUUUGAACAGAAAGCCGCCAAGCUGAAGGAGAAGUACGAGAAGGAUGUGGCUGCCUACCGCGCCAAGUCUGGAGAUGGUGGGAAGAAGGGGGCGUCCGGUCGGUCAGCCGGGGCAAAGAAAUCAGAACCGGCAGAUGAUGAUGACGAGGAAGACGAGGAGGAUGAUGAGGAAGACGAGGAUGAGGAAGAUGAGGAGGAUGAUGAUUAGGCCUGGAGGCUUGAGCAGUAUUUACAAAACAAGAAUGUGAACUAUGGAAUGCAACACAUUUGGCAUUUGGGUUUUCAGAACAUGUACAGAAAUGUGUAUAGCUGUAAUACAUAUUAGGUUCAUGUGUUGUUUUGUAAAUUGUAGUAUCUGGUCCUCGAAGCACUGCUUUUUGUUUUGGAUAGUGGUGGGUUCUCCCUUUUGUAUGCUUCCACUGCCGUUUUUAAAUAUACAAACGUGUAGUACAGGAUUUUUUUUUUUACUUGGAGCUUUAAAACUUUGUUCUGUGUAGAUGCAAUUUUUAUAAUAAAAUUUUGUAUAUUAUGA